AAUUUUCCGUUGAUUUCAUUCGGGUAACUAUUAAAAAAGUGCCAUGGCCAGAAAAAAUUCCAUACUUUCCUGCCCAACACCUAUACAUUACUGAAGAAAUCUUGGAAGAAAAACCCGAUCCUAAUCUAAAGAAAUACGAGUGUUAUUUGAAUGGUUCACUAAAUAACAAUGAUGACGACUCGUUUGAAUGGAUGGAUGAAAAAUACGAAAAAUCUUGUUUACCAAGGGGUGUUGACAAAGCUUUUAGAAAAUUUUCAGAGCGUGUAUCUGAAUGGCCCGAUCAAUGCAUUAGUGAUCCAGCAGCUUCAUUAUUAUUAUCACCACCGUAUGGAUCGGUUAAAGGGCUUAAAACAAGUACACAGAGAUUACCGAAAUGUCCAAAGUGUGGAUCUAAAAGAGUUUUUGAAUUCCAAUUAAUGCCAAAUAUGUUAUGUAUACUUCCGACUGGUGAAUAUGCGGCUAAUAACUCUGAAAAGAAGAAUGGGAUAGAAAAUACUAAAUGUGGAAUUGCACAAUUUGAUGUUGGAAUGGAAUGGGGUACAGUAAUGAUUUUCACAUGCGAAAAAGAUUGUGAAAGCUAUAAUGUUGGUAAGGAUGAAGUGUCUUAUUACGAAGAAUUGGUUUUGGUACAAUACGAACUGUAG